AUGGUCCUAUGCACAUCAGUUACAUUACCUAUACAACACGAUAUUCCCUCAUCAUCAUCAUCAUCAUCAUCAUCAUCAUCAUCAUCAUCAUCAUCAUCAUCAUCAUCAUCAUCAUCAUCAUCAUCAUCAUCAUCAUCAUCAUCAUCAUCAUCAUCAUCAUCAUCAUCAUCAUCAUCAUCAUCAUCAUCAUCAUCAUCAUCAUCAUCAUCAUCAUCAUCAUCAUCAUCAUCAUCAUCAUCAUCAUCAUCAUCAUCAUCAUCAUCAUCAUCAUCAUCAUCAUCAUCAUCAUCAUCAUCAUCAUCAUCAUCAUCAUCAUCAUCAUCAUCAUCAUCAUCAUCAUCAUCAUCAUCAUCAUCAUCAUCAUCAUCAUCAUCAUCAUCAUCAUCAUCAUCAUCAUCAUCAUCAUCAUCAUCAUCAUCAUCAUCAUCAUCAUCAUCAUCAUCAUCAUCAUCAUCAUCAUCAUCAUCAUCAUCAUCAUCAUCAUCAUCAUCAUCAUCAUCAUCAUCAUCAUCAUCAUCAUCAUCAUCAUCAUCAUCAUCAUCAUCAUCAUCAUCAUCAUCAUCAUCAUCAUCAUCAUCAUCAUCAUCAUCAUCAUCAUCAUCAUCAUCAUCAUCAUCAUCAUCAUCAUCAUCAUCAUCAUCAUCAUCAUCAUCAUCAUCAUCAUCAUCAUCAUCAUCAUCAUCAUCAUCAUCAUCAUCAUCAUCAUCAUCAUCAUCAUCAUCAUCAUCAUCAUCAUCAUCAUCAUCAUCAUCAUCAUCAUCAUGUCUCUGA